AUGCCUAUUCGAAGCGAUUGGAGUCUUGCGCGCGAAGGCGUUACCGGCGAUACAUUUACACGACUGCUGCGGUACACAGUUCUCAACCCCGCGCUCACGGUCCCUCUGUUUCUACUCGCGCGCUACACAAAACAGGGCAAUGCCGUCGCGGACGACUUUCCCAGCGUGUUCAAGCACUUGAAGACGCUGGUUGGAUUGGGUCUGCUAGGCACGGCCAACGGGUGGCUCAGCCGGGGUGUAACGAAUAACUGGAAGAGCGACGAGUAUGUGUGGAGUAAGGAAGUUGUAGUUGUGACGGGAGGCAGCGAUGGCAUUGGAAAGAUUGUCGUACAGUUGCUUGCUGAGAAGGGGAUUAAAGUCGCUGUACUGGAUGUGCAGGAUAUGACUUAUGUGUUGAGAAUAUCUGGGUUCAGUCCAGCACCCCCAUCCGUCCAGUUCUUCAAAUGCGACCUUUCUUCCCCCUCCGCCAUCGCCUCCACCGCCGACGCCAUCCGCUCCUCUCUCGGCAACCCCACAAUCCUCAUCAACAACGCCGGCGUCGCGCGUGGAAAAACUAUCCUCGACUCAACCGAGAAAGACAUCAACCUCACGUUUCGUGUAAAUAGCAUGUCGCACUACUACCUGGUGCAGCAAUUCCUCCCCCACAUGAUCAAAACCAACCACGGCAUGAUCGUAACCGUUGCCUCAGUCGCCGGCUACCUCUCCGCGCCCUCCAUGGUCGACUACGCAUCCUCCAAAGCCGCGGCUAUCGCUUUCCACGAAGGUCUCUCUGCGGAAUUGGUCGAUGUGUACAAGGCGCCUAAAGUGCGCACUGUGCUCAUGUGCCAGGGAUAUACUCGUACCAAGUUGUUCGAGGGAUUCGGACAGAGGGGUGUGCUGUGGCCGGAGACUGUGGCUGAGGGCAUUGUGAAGGCGGUGCUUAGUGGCAAGAGUGCGCAUGUUACGUUACCGGAGAAUAUGUGGUUUUUGCUGCCGCCGCUGAGGGGCUGGCCGCUUUGGAUGCAGUAUGGGAUGAGGAAGAGACUGGGGAAGUUGAUGAAGGGGUGGAAGGGACGGCAGGUUGUGCAGCCUAGUGAGGUUGAAGGCGAGGAGAGCGAGAAGAAGGUGGAGGAGAGUGCUGUGCUUGUUGGGUAG